UCUCUCCCCCCACCCCACCCCUUACAAUAUAUAGGAAGCAGUCUGUUAUGUAUGUACAUUACUUAGUGCUGUGUAAUUGCUUUAUAUUUAUUUUAAUGCAGAUUUUAAAGAGAACUUGUUACUUUACAGUGCCACAGGAUGCAGCUAAAGAAAGAGCUUCUAAGUCCCAGUUUAGUUCCAGAACUAAUGUGGAAUCAAAAAGUACCAUAGGGUCCCGAUCCAACGUGGGGUCUAGAUCCAAUGUGGGUUCCAGAACAAUUGUAGGAAGGAGAAAACAACAGCAAAAAACGGCAGGGAAGCUAGCUGCUCUUCAAACUCCUCUUGGUACAUUUAUUACAAUAAUGAUGUGCCUGAUCCUUUUUUUCGCCACCAUUGGAGCUGUUGCUUUUUAUCAUGAGCGAUCGAAAAAAAUUGUCUCCCUACGAACAGCAGUUGAGAAGAUUAGGGAGUUUAUGAUCAAAAAGCAACCAUCCCUCAAGCGCAAGAAUGAUUCUGUAAUACUUAAAGCAGCUCAGAAGUUGGCAGAAGAAUUGCUUGUAUGGGAUGCCAAAGCACGUGAAGUACAAGCUGGAAUUGAUGAGAUUCGAGCAAAAAUGCAGUUAAAGUGGAUACACCAUAAUGGAGCCCUCUAUUUCCUUGAAAAUAAACAAAGGACAUGGGAAGGUGCAAGAGACUUUUGUGAAGAUGAAAAAGCCAUGUUGAUUUGUAUUGAAACUGAAGAUGAGGAGGAAUUCCUAGAGAGACAAGUCUUUCCUACAUACUCAGACCACUGGGUUGGAGUCUAUCAUCACGAGGGAUGGAAAUGUAUUGGUGACCAGGCACCUAAACAAACAAGGACUCCAGGAUGAAACACCACUCAGAAUGAGAUAAGAUGGUCCUGUCAACAAAGGAAGGUAAGUUUCUGCAGCCUGCUAUUUUGAUUUGUUUUUGACUACUAAAUUAUUUGCUGAAAAUUGUGCUAACUGUCUACUUCAUUGUAUGGUUCUGAACACAGGAUGACAUAAGGUGCCAAUUCAAAUGAGCAGUUAAAAUGGCGGGAGGCUUGACAUUUGCAGAACGUAAGUUGUUUCUGAUAUUUCCUCUUCAGUGCAAUUCAGAAAGACAGCUUUCCGUCAUGCGGAAAAUUGGGUGAGGAGGUCAGGGCAAAGUUAUGUUUCAACCUGCACUCUUGAUUCAAAAUAGUGCCUGGUAUCUAAAAGGUGAUGAAGGCCCCUGCCUCCACCUUAGGAACUCUUGUGCCAAGUGUGACAACAAUAUUUCAAGAUGGUGCCUGGUAUCCAAACGUCAACAAAAUGU